AAAUAUAGAUAGAAUUGACUUAAGUUGAGCGAGUGAGAACAGACAACUGAGAACGAGUGAGAAACAGAGAAAGAAAAGAAAAGAAAGGACCGACGACGACUGAGCGAGUGAGCGGAAAAAAGAAAAAAACAGAAAGAAGGACCGACGACGACGGGCGACCUCCUCUCUCCACCAGUACUCCAUCAGCUGUUGAGGGAAUACGUCAGAAUUUGGGAAGAAAAGCAGAAACAUGAUGCCCCUAAGAUGUUGGAUUCUUGGAAUGCUGGAUGAAGUGUUUUUGUUUAAUUCUUCAGAGAUUGUUCUUUGAGUCCUGAUUCUGGUUGGUAAAGCAAAGACGGACGUCAGUAAGAAAUUUGCUGAUCAGAGUAGGUGCGGGCAACUGAUGUCAACGUCGUUUUCCCGCAAGAUAUACUCGGAGGUAGAAGAGGUUGGAUGGGAGCACUUAGUGAGAAUGGGGGAAGACUUAACGUUUCUUAGCUUUCGUGUCAUGGACACUAAGGGAAGAGUGCAUAUUCUUGAGAUAACACUGGACAAGACCUACCCAAGGUGUCCUCCUUCAGUAUCGGUGGAUGCGCCUUAUAAUUUUAGUCUAGAAUGGUCAUCGCAUUCAAAGUUACGAGAUGUUGUUCGGCAAUUUCAAAAGCAUGUGGAUAAGCUCCAGGGUUUUUGGUCCACGUUGGAUGAUAUUGAUCGGUCUUUUUGGGUAAUUGAUCCAAAGCAUUCACAUUAUGCAAUGUCAUAUCGCCAAAUAAAAUUAGGGAAUGAUUGCUCUGUCAUAUUGUCUAUAAAUGCCAAUGAUCCAUUAUCCCUGCCCGAGUGCCGCUUCUUGGGUUCAGAUAACACAGUCAACUUUCUGAGGGAUAUUUGGAAGAGAAAUUGCACAAGAUGGGCAAAAGACAAGUCAUUUCCUGAAAAUCUUGCACGUGUUUUUGACACUCAGUUACCCCAACCUCCACAUGUCCAAAAGAAUGAAGAACAAGUUGAGUGUGGCAUUUGUUACGCCCAAUAUCUUCCGAUAGGUACUUCGAUGAUGAACUUGGUGCCAAGAGUGGAAGGGCAACUGAUUAUACAUGUGAAAAUGGAAACUGUAAUCGAGCAUUCCACAGUGUUUGUCUUGGUGAUUGGCUCCGCUCCAUUACGACAACAAGGCAGUCAUUCGAUGUUCUAUUUGGGAACUGCCCUUACUGUUCAGACCCCAUUGCAGUCAAAAUCAGCACCAAGACGUAAUAUUUUACUGCACUUACAGCAUAAAAAAGGAAUAUUUUCCUGUCUGAAGGAACGAUUAUUCCUGUUACUAUCUAAUCUCCACACGAGAAAUUGUCUUGUGCAACCCAUUUUUGUUGAUACUGGCAGGCACCCAUAUCUGAGCUAAAUUCUUGAUCUCUUUGUUGCGCACCAAUUCUGGCCCUUGGAUUAUAGCAGGGUGUUUUCAUAAAGGUCUUGAAUUGGGAGCAUGACACUCAGUCCAUCCAAGAAGUUGAGUUACACAUAAGAGUUACUCCACAUACAAACAGACAUAUCUGACCAUACAAAGUCGACUCCAACCAAGUUAUUAAUGUAGCCCCAACAGGCCUCUAUGUUGUUGUCGGCUCUGUCUGAGUUCUUGCAGAUCAAGUUGCUCUUGUAUGGGGUCUCUUCCUUUGGUAUUUAACUCAUCUUCCAGUAGAUAUUCUUGCUGAAAACUACAAUUAUUUGUUGCCGUUUCAGGGGGACUCUGUUCCCUCCGCUGAAAACGUGAAGGGACAUUUGUAAACGUUGUACUCUUCUGUCCAAAAGCCCACGAUAGAGAGCAGCGAGAUUGUGUUGUUGAAUGUUGUGAUAAAGGAGAGCAGGUUACCGUAAUUGAUUAAUUUUUCUGA